CAAACGGCGAGGAAGCCUUCCACAUUUCCCGCAUUCGCCAACCAAUAAUCCACAGAUUCGACAACAUUCUGUUUUUUGUUUGUGUACGUCUCUACGUUUAUUAUAGUUUUCUCUGCAAUUCCUGUAGAAACUGCUGCUUCCUUUUAUUGAGGUAGCCUUCUUCAGUUUAAAGGAUAGAGAGAGAGAGAGAGAGAGAGUGCCAUUGUGAGAUUUGGCUACAGGCAUUGUGUGAUUUGUGGAGGGAUCCGCCAUCUCUCUUGCAGGAGCGAUUGAGGUGGAAAGUCGUUCUAAUCGUUCUGAAUUAUUAUGAGCACUUCCUCCUCCAACGGACUGUUGUUGCCAUCAAUGUCCGGUCGUCACGAAGACAUGGAGGCGGGUUCUGCCAAGCCUGAAGAAGAAUUCAAUGAAGAACUCGAAAACGAUCCGGACGAUCCUUUCGAUAUCGCUCAAACCAAAAAUGCUCCCGUUGAGACUCUCAGGCGAUGGAGGCAAGCAGCAUUUGUAUUGAAUGCCUCUCGACGAUUUCGGUAUACUUUGGACUUAAAGAAGGAAGAAGAAAAUGAUCACAGGAGAAGGAUGAUUAGAGCUCAUGCUCAAGUCAUAAGAGCAGCAUUGCUUUUCAAAUUGGCAGGGGAACGACAACUUGUGCUGGGCACAACAGUUACAUCUCCAACUUCUGCUGGUGAUUUCACAAUUGAACUAGAACAACUUGCUGCAAUGACCAGGGAUCAUAAUUUUUCUGCUUUGCAACAAUAUGGUGGUGUUAAAGGAUUGGCAAGUAAGUUAAAAUCAAAUCUUGAGAAGGGAAUUAAUGGGGAUGAAAUGGAAAUCAUAAACCGGAGGAAUGCAUUUGGAUCAAAUACUUAUCCACAGAAGAAAGGAAGAAAUUUCUUGAGGUUCCUCUGGGAAGCUUGGCAGGAUUUAACUCUUAUUAUCUUGAUUAUAGCUGCUAUAGCUUCACUUAUAUUGGGAAUAAAGACAGAGGGUUUGAAAGAAGGAUGGCAUGAUGGGGGAAGCAUUGCCUUUGCUGUUCUUCUUGUUAUUGUCGUGACUGCCACUAGUGAUUAUCGUCAAUCUCUUCAGUUUCAAAAUCUCAAUGAAGAAAAGCGAAAUAUACAACUAGAGGUCAUGAGAGGUGGUAGAACAGUGAAAAUUUCGAUUUUUGAUAUUGUUGUUGGAGAUGUUGUACCACUUAGAAUAGGUGACCAGGUCCCAGCUGAUGGAAUCUUAAUUAUGGGUCAUUCUCUUGCCAUUGAUGAGUCUAGCAUGACUGGAGAAAGCAAGAUUGUACAUAAAGAUCAGAAGGCACCCUUCCUAAUGUCUGGUUGCAAGGUAGCUGAUGGUGUUGGUACUAUGCUGGUAACUGGUGUUGGAAUCAAUACAGAAUGGGGAUUAUUGAUGGCAAGUAUCUCUGAAGAUACUGGCGAAGAGACUCCCUUGCAGGUACGCUUAAAUGGAGUUGCAACUUUUAUUGGCAUAGUUGGGCUUACUGUUGCUCUUUCUGUGCUUAUUGUCCUUUUGGUCAGAUACUUUACUGGCAAUACAACAUUCCCAGAUGGAAGGAUCCAGUUUGUUCGAGGCCAGACUAGCCUCGGAGAUGCAGUUGAUGAAGUUAUCAAAAUUAUUACCAUCGCAGUUACCAUCGUGGUUGUAGCAGUACCUGAAGGGCUUCCUCUGGCAGUUACUUUGACUCUGGCAUACUCAAUGAGAAAGAUGAUGGCAGAUAAAGCUUUGGUUCGGCGACUUUCAGCAUGUGAAACUAUGGGUUCUGCUACAACCAUUUGCAGUGAUAAAACUGGGACAUUGACGUUGAAUCAGAUGACAGUUGUAGAGGCAUAUGCUGGGAAAAAGAAAAUGAACCCACCAGAGGACUCCUCUCAGCUUCACCCAGCUCUGGCCUCUCUUCUAUAUCAGGGUGUGGCACAGAACACUACAGGCAAUGUUUUUGUGCCUAAGGAUGGUGGACCUGUGGAAAUUUCCGGAUCUCCUACAGAAAAGGCUAUUCUUUUAUGGGCAGUCAAGUUGGGAAUGGAAUUUGAUGUUGUCAGAUCAGAAUCCUCAAUUAUCCACGUUUUCCCUUUCAACUCAGAGAAAAAGCGAGGGGGUGUUGCAGUAAAAGGGGCUAAGUCUGAAGUUCAUAUACAUUGGAAGGGAGCAGCUGAGAUAGUUCUAGCCUCAUGCACGCAUUAUCUUGACUCAAAUGGUCACCAGCAACCUAUUGAGGAAGAGAAGGAAUUUUUCAAGGCUGCUAUUGAUAGCAUGGCUGCUAGUAGCUUGCGUUGCGUUGCAAUUGCUUACAGAUCGUUUGAGAUGGAGAGAGUUCCUAAAGAUGAAGAGAGCUUAGAUAAAUGGGUUUUACCUGAAGAGGAGCUGGUUCUGCUUGCUAUUGUUGGCAUAAAGGAUCCUUGUCGCCCUGGUGUCAAGGAUGCAGUCAGAGUCUGCACAGCGGCUGGUGUAAAGGUACGCAUGGUUACUGGAGACAAUAUUCAAACAGCAAAGGCAAUAGCCUUGGAGUGUGGCAUACUUGGUUCAGAUGCUGAGGCUACAGAACCAAAUAUCAUCGAAGGAAGGGUAUUCCGUGCACUAUCUGAAAGAGAGAGAGAACAAAUUGCAAAAAGAAUAACGGUGAUGGGGAGAUCUUCACCUAAUGAUAAGCUUUUGCUUGUGCAAGCACUACGCAAGGGAGGCGAUGUUGUUGCUGUGACUGGAGAUGGAACUAAUGAUGCUCCUGCACUUCAUGAGGCAGAUAUAGGUCUCUCAAUGGGCAUUCAAGGGACAGAAGUUGCAAAAGAAAGUUCAGAUAUUAUUAUUUUGGAUGAUAACUUUGCAUCAGUUGUAAAGGUUGUCCGCUGGGGACGUUCUGUAUAUGCCAAUAUCCAGAAAUUUAUACAAUUCCAGCUUACUGUCAAUGUUGCAGCUCUUGUAAUUAAUGUUGUGGCAGCAGUGUCCUCUGGUGAUGUUCCUUUAAAAGCAGUACAGCUACUCUGGGUUAACCUUAUCAUGGACACCCUUGGGGCACUUGCACUGGCUACUGAACCACCAACAGACCACCUUAUGCACAGAUCACCUGUGGGCCGAAGGGAACCGCUUAUAACAAACAUCAUGUGGAGGAACAUACUUGUACAGGCUAUGUAUCAAGUUGCGGUCCUCCUUGUGUUCAAUUUUGCGGGACUGACUGUUCUUCAAUUGAAUCAUGACAACAGAGAACAUGCUGUUGAAGUGAAAAACACUAUGAUUUUCAAUGCUUUUGUCAUGUGUCAAAUAUUCAAUGAGUUCAAUGCUCGAAAACCGGAUGAAAUGAAUGUCUUUAAGGGAGUGACUAAAAACUACCUCUUCAUUGGAAUUAUUGCAGUCACAUUUAUCCUCCAGAUUAUCAUUGUUACAUUCCUUGGAAACUUUGCAUCAACAGUCAGGAUCAGCUGGAAACUAUGGCUUGCUUCAAUUGGAAUUGGUCUCCUCAGCUGGCCGCUCGCUGCAGCUGGAAAACUGAUUCCAGUUCCCAAGACUCCAGUUAGUGUGUACGUGAAGAAGAAAUUCCGGCGAAACAGAGCUGCGCGGAAUGCCUAACUCUGGUGCGUUUUUGGUAAACAAAUUUUUUAUUGAGGCUGCAAUAUGAAUGGGGCUCAAAGCUGCUGGGGAUGCUUAAAGAAUUUCUCUGGUAGAUUGAAAUAAUAUAAGCUGCUUUGAAGAUUUGCCACACAGCUACCAGACCUAAAUACAUACAUACAUACGGCUAUAGAUUUUACAGCUAACGAACUUUGAAAAAGAAUCAAUUUAUCAAAACAGUUAUAUUGUUUGUAAACUUUAUUGUAUAUUCUGUUAUUAGUUGAUGCAAUUGUAAAAUUUAAUUGCUUAAAUGAAACUGUUUAGGAGUAGAGUGAUUAUAAUUAGGUGUUGGCUUUAAGAGGACUUAGCAUAAAAUUUUG